CAAGCAGAAAGAAAUAUUCUAUUAUUAAUAGUUUAACAUGAAGGCGUUUAUAUCUAAACUAAACCUUUUAUGGAUCUUAUUACUUAAUGUUAAAACCACUGCAGCUACAAAUGAGCAGAGUGCAGCUAUUAUUGCUGGUGUUCGAGCUAUACCAGGGGAAUAUCCAUGGCAUGUGCUUUUAAAAAUUACUCCACAAAGUUCAGUAUUGUGUGGAGGUUCUGUUAUAAGCAAUACAUGGGUUUUAACAGCUGCUCAUUGCCUUACAAACAAGGAAUACAUGUAUAUGCAAUUUGGAACUGUCGAGCUGUUCUCAAAUGCCCUUGGUAUGAAUUCUUCGCGUUUGUUUCCACAUCCAAAUCACCGACCACAUAUUAAUGGAAAUGAUAUAGGACUUAUUGAGUUACCUACACCAUUGACCUAUAAUGCCUUUAUUCAACCCAUUCCGUUGGUAACUUCAGCGGAAGCUGCAAGCACUGAUUUUAUUGGCGUCAUAUCAUUUAUAAGCGGUUUUGGUUAUUACAUCAAUAAAGUAAGUAAAUCGUCAAAAUGGUUAUUAUGGGGUGCCGAAGAAGUAGUUCGUAAUCCUGUGUGUGGUAUAAUAUAUGGACCGUUGCCACCUUCACAUAUGUGUACGGUUGGUUAUACAAUUGACAGGCAACAUCCAUGUAAAGGUGACUCAGGUGGUGCUUUAGUUUGGAGAAAUCCAAACCGUACGCAUAAACAAAUUGGCGUAUUUUCCUAUGGAAGAGCUGAAGAUUGUGCGGGCAGACCUUCGGCUUAUAUGAGAGUUUCUAGUUAUUUGGAUUUUAUUAAUAAUGUAACGGGUUUAAAUUUUGAGUAACGAAUAAAUUUAAAGUAUAAAAUAGCGAUA